AUGGCUUCCACCCCCAAGUCAGUAAAACUCGCAGAUCUCCUCCAAGAGCAGCAAGAACCCUUCGUCCUAGAGGUUUACCUAUCCGAAAGGGGUUACCUGAGAAAAAGCUCGAGUACAAAGACCAAUUCGAGGAGUAGGAAUACCAAUUCGAGCAAGAAACUUACCAGAUCAUCCAGUUGGGGCAAUCUCAGCUGCCCUAAGAUACUGAGAUCUCUGUAUAAAAAGCUUGUUUCAAGGCAUAGUGAGACAACAAGCAUUAAGGGUUGUGAAAAGAGAGAGGGGGAGUCCAAUGCCGGCACCAACACGCAGAGAAGUAACCGGGAGAGCGGGGAAUCGGAUAGAAUUUCAUCUGCUAGUAGUAGGACGCAGUAUGAUUCGUGCACCGAGGGCGAAAAAGAAUCAACAGAUGCAGCCCCUGUUUCGUUGCGAAAUGAUCAUGAUGCCUCAGUUGCAGCGGACGCUUCUCAAGUUUCGGAACCCUGCAAUAUGAAAGAGAGAAAGUUACAGAUAGCACGGCUCAACGGACAAUCAUCGGAGAUUCACCGUAAGCAACAAAACUCCGUUUCGGUACCAGAAGAUAAAACUCCCCAUGCAAAUGCAAGUUUACCUCUUCAUAACAAGUAUGAACUGCAAACUCCAUGCCCAUCCACUUAUAGCUUCAACAAGAUUACAGAAGACUCAAUAUUAUCCUCUUCUCUCUGGCAACUACUUUUCCACCCACCAUUUGAGAACCCAACAGCUUCUGGAGUUUCAGAAAUGCUAGAGCCUGCCCGGUCUAGCAUCAAUCCAUCCCCUCAUUUUGCAAAAUCGAAGAGGGUGUUGCAGCAGACAAGGCAGCUCCUGUUUGAUUGCGUGAGGGAGAUGACGGAAAAUCAUGCAAAGAAAAUGAAGGAUCACCAGCAGCAUAACUGCGACCAAUUUCUUGGAGCCGAAGAGAUUGGGAAGCUGGUUUAUGAGAAGUUGGGGGGUUGGGGGAGUAAACAGGCUGGGCACCAAGCCAACGUCAACUUUUUGUUGGAGUCGGACUUGUUGGCUUCGGCUGAAGAAUGGGGUGAUAAUUACCAAGAGAGAAGGGAAAUUGGGUCGGAAAUUGGAGACGCCAUUUUACAAGACAUCAUCAAAGACAUAUUCUGAAGACUAAAAUAUUAUUUGGUAUAAGAUACCCAAGUUAGUUGAGCUAAUUGACUUCUAGACACAGCAACCUCAUCCCAUGAAGACGACCACACACUCCCGGUGCGCCAUGGUGACAUCCCAGACCGGCCACAUGGCAUCGCCUUAUUGGUCCAGCAUGUCAUACUGGUGUACCAGCAGUGCAAGGAAGCCUAUACGAGGACUUCCACGGUGCUGCUGUGACUUGUGCUAAUGAUACAAUAUCAUGAAAGUUACUCUCCUACUUUUGAUGGCUCUCACAGCCACUCGUGUCCCGUCAUCUUAUUGUCCCCCAUCGUCUUCAAUAGUUUUGGUUAGCACACUUUAUUUAGAUUA